UAUUGACGGCUGCUCCCCACGGCUCCACACACACCCGCGAACCUCGAGUCUCGAGUCCCUCGUCGUGCGCUGUCGAGAGUAUAAGAGGCGCGUCGCAUCCCUCGACAAAAGUUUUGGUCCCUCGCACGUUGCUCGCAAGACUCUCGCUCCCCAAGAUCCCGCGACAUGUCUCCAUUCUAGAUCGAGCGCGUCCUCUGUGGGAUGCCAGUGGUAGCCACUCAUGGCCGGAUUCGCAGAGCACGAUACAAUCCCCUCGCAACGCAUUUUCUACCCCGCGACCGCUGCGCGAACCCCGUCUGCGAGACACUCCCUCCCCAACGGGCCCUGCAACUACCGCGAGUCUUUUGGCGCAUGCGGAUGCAACCAGUUCUGGGACAAGGACAACCCCGACCUCCAUGACGAGAGCUCGGAAGAUCCGCCAGGCGGCAAGCGCUCGGCCUGGUGCAUGUGUGGACACCAUGCCUGCUUCCAUCUGAGCGUGUCGCGUGCGCAAGAACGGCCUGCGCCCUCAGUAGCAGCUCCGCUCCACGGCGCACACGCACAGUGUGGGGAACAGUGUCAAUUGGUGCCAGGGUCGCAGUGCAACGUACACACAAGCGCAAGACAGGUGGAGGGCCAUGCGUUGGGAACAAGUCAGGACAUACACAGCGGGCGCACCAAGGCGUCGCAUCCGUAUAACAGUCUGCGGCAACUGCGACAAGGCGGUCGCAUUGAACAAGGUCGGGACACUCCAUCACAGGCCAGCACGACCGGUCUUCCUGGAAUCCCUUCAGUGUGCAUGCUAUCUCGCGACCGCCGUCCAGCAGCUAACACCGACGCUAGGCAGCAUCUCAACGUCAACCAGUCUCGUCAGACCAUUGCAGGUCUUGGCCUUUCGAUGAUGCACUUGGGGAGUGUUGACAACCUGAAUCACCGGCAGUCCGUCUCGCCGACCGUGGCAGACGACGACGACGACAUCGCGCGAGCACUGCAGCGGUCGUACAGUGAACCAAAGAGGGCCCCAACGGGAGUUGAGUCGAUCGCGGGUGGACCAAAUACACUCUCCAGUCCAUCGCGCGGGCCUUUGGGACCCGUCUUCGAGUUCAAUCGCAAUCUCCAGCUCGACCUGGGUGGUGAUACCGUGCCAAACACGUACAAUCCUCACGACUACAUUCAGAGUGCUACUGAGGCUGCGACUCCAAGCAUCGCAAAUACGCCCGAUCUGGGAGAUGCCGACAAUGCCGUGCAGGAGGGCAAGAAACUGAUAGAUACACUGGCGCAAUUGACAUCAAACAUGCAGCAACCCAAUGGCUCACCCAAUAGACCAACGAUUGCGAAGUCUGCUCCUACACAGCUGCAGACGACAAACUCUCCUGUAGCACCGCAAGAGCAACUUCAGCAGGUACUCAAAACAGCUUCGCCCCACGUGCUACAAAAGCUUGUCUCAUAUCUCGCUCCACUGCACAACCUUCUCAACUCAAUUCCAAACGUGGCCAACACAAUGAGAGAACUUGGAAGCCGUUUGGAUAUGCUAGAGAGCGGUUCAUUCAACUACGUGCAGCCUGAAGACCUCCACCAAAUGCUUGACAUGUACGAUAGUAAGCUGGUUGAUCUUGAGCAUCGCAUGGACGAACACGACAAGCAUCACCAAGCAAUCGACAUUGAUGCAAGUAUCAGCUCUUUUAAUCGGCGGCGCAUUGACAUGGUUACGGAUUCGUUUGCUUCCAACCACUCUCUGCAGUCCACAACUUCUUCAGCACUGAUUCUUGCUGCUAUGGAUCGCAAGGGUACAGAGACUGAGAUUGGCGACAUCAAAGACCGGCUGGAUAUAUUGGAGGCCGCACGCAUGCCAACUACCUUCCAUCCCUGGGAGGUCGAGGUUAUCCUGCUACCUUGGGGCCGUCAAUUGCGUGGAAUCUGGUUCUCCCCUGAUGAGCCUAUGCAUGAUGCUACAAAGGCCACGACGCAAGACUCUGAAGAAUGGACUCAGGCACGGAAUUCGAAGCUUGGCUCUAGUCUACGAUCGCCACAUUCGAGUGUGAUGGGUGCUAUGCGAGACACUGAUUCGAGUCCUGCCCCAGGCGCUCGAUUGUCAAACAAAGACUCUAUCUUUACUGACUCUGAAGGUGGGUGGAGUAGCGAGGCUAUCAGCGACUGGGCCUCUGAGUCUACCAAUGACUGGCUUUUCCCGAAAGCUUGUGGAAGCAAGAAUCUGGUAUACCAAAGGCUUCGAAGUAGGGGCUUCAUUCGGGAUGUCACACUGCAGAGUGCUAGUGCCAGAGAUAUUCAGGCCACUCUGUCAAACGCCUUCAGCGAUCUGCUGGAACAUCUCAAAUACACAGACCAAGACGAGGAUUCGACCAUCGUCUCCUACCCUGGUCUUCGUGCUUCUUUCAUCCCGUUGCAGAAGGUUAUGAAAGAGUCCAGACUUCGAUUCCUUGGACCUGCUGAGAUGUCUAGCUCCGCGCUCUGGUCUGCGCAGUUUCUGUCAGCUGGCAUCAUGAUGCGCGUGUCAGGAGGUAAGAAGAGACUAUACGUAACACAACGCGAAGCAUAUAUGCAACAGAGCGAUGAGAUGGGUAGUUCGUGGACAUGGCAAGAGCUGCGACAAUUGCCUCGUAUCCAGCAAGACCAAAAUUCAGCAAUGGAAGGCAAUGAUGAACACUGCCAACCACAAAUACCAGAAGCAGAUGCCAAAGAGGCGUGUUGGCAGUUUGCUGAAGCAUACGAUGCCCCUCCACUUAGCAUCAACUCCUCAUUCGGAAGCCACAACUCAGCACUACUGUCUAUACGACCAGCUGACCGACAAUGGCGACGAUCUAUCACUCCAUGUUCAAUCUUGAAGAACAGACAUCUCCAGCCAUUGUCCCCUCAGAGUGAGCUUCCCCCUCCUCGCCAUGGCCACCAUCGACUUCGGACUGCCUCUGCGUCUGUCGUCGAGCUCCUCCCAGGAUCAUCCAAACGUCGCUUCAACUCAUCGCCCGUGAAACACUCAUCCGCUCCACACGUUCACUCGCGGAACCCCAGCGCAUCCGUAACAAGGCUCAAAAGGCGCCGCGUAACGACCUCUUCCUCACCACGACCAGAAGAAGUCCUACGCGCUGAAGCCCAGCUCACAAUCUGGAACGCCACACCUCGACGCUCACGCGAGCCGCCCUCGCCCUUCUUCUCAUCCCAGCCCCUCCCAAGAUCAAACUCCGAUGUCGCGAGCCGCCCUAGUCAACGCUCCGUCGCGUUAGUAGGGAAAUCCACGCCUUUUGGCUACGCAACACCACACUCGGGCCCGUUUGUUGGCGCCCCCGACUUUGGCGACUAUGGCCACGGGGGUGACACCGAACCCGACGACGACGAUGUGUACAACGACGAUGACGGCGAGCAGAGCUGGCACGGCGUAGCGACCGGCGAUGAUGAUAGCGAGUCUUCUGUACCGGACACCGGCGCUGGCGCGGACGAACACGCGAGUUUCUCGGGAGAAGACAGUGGGUUUGGAACGGAAGACGAUGAUGCCGAGCAUGGCGGGGGUACUCAGCGACGAAGGCUCGACGAGGACGAGGAUGAAGAUGGGGAUGAGAUCUUCGAUACGUUAUUAAACGUACUAAAGCACUAGACGGGACCACAGAUCAAGUGCAAAUUUGGGAGUAUGACUGCGUAGUACAUUUUGGAUCUGGCGUUCGUCUUUUUGGCAAGGUAUGGGGGUUGUACUAUAUGCUGUUUUCGUAUAUCUGGUUGCUUGGUUGUUCAUUCGGUUGUCUUUCUCGCUGUACGGUUGUCUUUCGCUUUCUCUUUGGCCGCUGGUGUCUUUUUGGGCUGCGGAAAAGUAUGCAUGGCAUGGCAUGGCGUAGCGUAGUAUAUAGAGGCAUAUCGCACACACACCUUCUCUCUCCCCUUAUGGGUGGUCAGGCUGGGAUGAAUGAAACAAUUAUUUACAUCCUUUGUACUAC